AUGGGGUAUUUUUUCGGGGCUCGUGGAAGCAUGCUCGCUGGAGCAAUGUCUUCAGCCUCAUCAAUUGCAUUUCUCCUCGUUGGAUGGGAUCAAGGAGUGCUUGGUGGUGUACUUUCAGGGAAAUUGUUUCUUUCGACCCUGGGAAAUCCUAGUGCGAGCGAACUGGGAACCAUCACUGCUGUGUAUGAUCUGGGUUGCUUAGGUGGCAGUCUGAUGACGAUGUUCUAUGGCGAGAAACUCGGACGACGAUGGUCCACGAUGAUUGGUCUGAGUAUUGUUAUAGUGGGAGCCAUAUUGCAAACCUGUACUUUUUCAGGCGGACAAAUGAUAGCAGGUCGCAUCAUCGCAGGUGUUGGAAACGGCAUCUCCACAGCGACAGUCCCGACUUGGAACUCUGAAAUUGUUGGUUCUCAUAACAGAGGCCGCUUGAAUGCCAUCUCAGGUUCUAUGAUCGGGCUUGGCAUUUGCUUGAGUUAUUGGUUUGAUUAUGGGAUGGCAUACACCAGUGGCUCCAUACAGUGGCGCUUGCCGAUUGCCAUCCAACUACUCUUCGCGGGUGCCACAUUAUUCAUGGCAAUCUUUCUCCCAGAGUCACCUCGGUGGCUGAUCACCCAAGGACGAGUGGAUGAAGCAACGGAUGUUCUUGCUUGCUUGGAAUCAAAAACUUCAACUCCCGAGACCCCCGCUGUUGUAGCCAAGUGCCAGGAUAUUCAGCUUGCUUUGAAUGCAGAGCAAGCACUGGGACCGUUGAAGUGGGCUGAAUUGUGGGAGAACAAGGUCACUGGUAACAGGAAACGCCUCAUCCUAGCAUGCGGAAUCAUGGUCUUUCAACAGAUGUCCGGGAUCAACGCCUUGGUGUAUUACAUACCAUAUCUCUUGGCAAACUCCGUCGGACUUGCUGCAAACAUGGCUCUUCUGAUCUCGGGCUUAGUUGGUGUAGUCUUCGUCGUCUUCUCUGCCUACGCAUUCUUCUUCAUCGAUAGAUGGGGCAGACGAAAGCCCUUCAUCAUCACAAGUCUUGUUCAAAGCCUGAGCAUGACUUUGGUGGCUAUUCUUCUAUCUCUCAACAAUACAAAUGCCAGCAAGGCGUCAGUCGUUUUCUUCUUCCUCUACAUGGCUGCAUUUGGAGCCUGCUACUUGGGUGUCCCUUGGAGUUACGCUCCUGAACUACUUCCCCUCAGGAAUCGCGCCCGUGGCUGUGCGAUAGCAUCCGCCGUGAACUGGACAUGUAAUUUUGCCAUUGUGGAGUUUGUUCCGUCGGCGAUUACAAAUAUCUCCUGGCGCACAUACAUCAUCUUCGCGGUGUUGAACUUCACUUGGGCUCCAUUGCUGUACCUCUUCUAUCCAGAAACUGCACGCCUGACCAUGGAGGAGAUUGACAAUUUGUUUGUGAAAGAGCCUAUCCAGCUGCAUACUCUGACAACCCAUGCGAGCGACGAUAGCGAGAAUCAAGAUGGCAAAGUCGCGAUUGAGCUUGAGGAGAGAACUUGA